AGAACAAAUUGGUUACAGUUAUUAUAAUAACAUUAACACCGCUAAUAAUCAUCAAUUAAACGGCAACAUAUUAAACGGUCUUAACAACAAUAAUAAUAAUCGGCAGCAGCCAUAUUUUAAAAAUCCUACCACUGACAUCAACAGUAUGAACAACAACCAUACAUUAUCAUCAAUACCCAUGCAACCAAGUACUUCUGUAAAUUCGCACGUCUCAAAAUCUAAUUGA